GCUGCUUUUAUUCUAAAUCACAAGAUCCAGUUAUUUGAAAGACAUUCCCCAGAGCAGAAAGGGGAAUCUGGAAGGUUCCCACAGAGCAAUUCCUUUAAGACGCCUAAAUUGUAAGUAACUCUUCCCAGGCGUUCACCAUUUUCCUUUGAUUGCAACCGCUAGCUCCUGUUGGAGAGGCAGUGAUCAAGAGCAUGGGCUUGAAGUUGAAAUUCCGGGCACGUAUUACCAAGCUGAGCAGCCUUGGGUCCCCCUUUUCAGAGGAUGGUUCCUGAUGACGGCAAAGUCACGACAGACUCCAUGUCCUUCUCCUUCAGGAAUAUUCCCUCCAGGAGAAGAAUAAAGGUGAAACAAAAAAGCAAGACAAAUGGACAACUCUGAAAAAAACACCCCAUUCAAAGGCCUGCUGUUUCCCUCGGGCACUAGCUUAUGUGUCACCUGUGUGCAAAAAGGACGUCUGACUUGUUGCAGAUAUGAGAACAUCUGCUGCUCAAAGUGGCUUCUGAAUCUCCCCACCAAGACCCUGUGAUGUCCCAGCCCAUGGAGUCCGUUUUUCAAGGCUCUCAGCUGCCUCUUGUUACAUCACGUCCAUGACAAUUAAUGCUGCAGAAGAGUCUGGCUGAAUUCAAAUAAACAGCACGUGAAGCACAUUUGUCAGUCCUCUAACACUGCUGAAAUCAGUGGGAUUCUCCCGCAGGCCUCUAGGACUCAUCGUGGGCUGAGAACACCACAGAUGCCAUUCCGGGUAAGACCUUAAUUUCACGCGGUCCUGUUUUCUGCCCUUACCAGGCCACCAAGGCUCGUUCUGCAGGAGACCGUGGCUGUUCCCUGGGCUCGUAGAACACAAAGUCCCCAGAAGUGAAUUUGGAGAGCUCUGCCCAGACCCUCCGCCCCCUUUGGGACCGAGGGACCCGCUUCCCCAGCUGCUGGGAGUCGUGGCAGCUGAUCCCUCUUCAUUAAGUCCUGAUCUGGGCACAGCCCUCAGCCUGAGAGUCCCUGUUCCAAGGCCACAUUCCCUCCCAUACCCGGUGUCUCGUCAGAGUGGGGAGGGGCAGGAUAAAGGGCUGGCUCCCUUGUCUCAAAGUGGGACAACUGUGAAGGGCCAUCCCUCUCCAGAGCUCCUGAUAGGAGCCACUGAGGGCUCUGGGGCAAUUUUAUUGUCACCCAGCUUCUCCCUUUUCCCAGUCCUGUAUCCCUCACCCCUCACAGGUGUCAUUCUUGAAAACACUCCCUAAUAAAUCUCCUCUGUGCUGAUCUCCAGGCAACUCUACCUAUGAAACGGCUCAAACAGUUUUAUGACUGGAACCCACCUGAAGACAGGGGCAGAGUCUUCCCAUUUUUGCAUCCCAUCAGCCCUCUGACUGGGGUUCCCUCCCCCUGAAUCAGAGAAGACACUGUGACCCCAGACCAGCAAUCUUAACCACUAUGGUUUACGCCUGGGGCUACGUCCCAAGUGCCUCAAAUUCAGCAUGGUCAGCCCUGCAGCCCUCAUCCCCAGCCCGUCACACAAGCUGAUCUUCCUGUGCCCGCUUUUGGUUAGUGGCAUCGUUCCCCACCCACCUGGCGGUGCCCACUUCUCUUCAUCCUCACUGCACCCACCUUAGCCGGGGCCCCCACUGCUGCACCUGUAUUCCGACACCUUCCCACUGGCCAAAUCCUUCAAAGGCCAGUGCACAGGGCUCUCCAUGUCUGCUCCUGAUUUCCCCGUUUCCCCUCCAGCCUCACCUUCUGUCCUGUGUGUGCAGAGCUGGAGCCGCUGCCAGGUGGGGGCCCCUGCAGGUCCUUCACCCACCACGAUAACUCCUACUGUCCUCCUGUGACCUUCUGCUCUUCCUCGCCUUGCUGCUUCCAGCUUCUUCCUGUAGUGAAAUCCUGCUUGUCCUUUAUAUACCAACUCAGGUGCUGUCUCCUCUGAGAAAACUUCUCCCAACCCCCGGUCUGGGUUUAUUGUGUUUCCUACGUGCUCCUUCCUCCAACUCAACAAACGUUUCUCAAGCAGCUACUAUGUAACAGGCAUUAUAUUAGGCGAAGGUGAUAAACCCACCCUCACAGAAUGAAACAUGGCUUACAGAGGUUCCUGCAAAGAAGGAACAGAUUGAAGGUAAUGCUAAUAAUGUAAGUACAAACGAAUAAGAAUUUUCUUCUGAACUGACAUUGCCUCAUACAAGCUCUUUGUCAACCACAUUUUGAGAUAAAAACAAUGAUUUAAUCAGACCUGACAAGAAAACUGCCAAAAGAAUACAAAACUAUCACCAAGCCUUCUUGAAAUAUGGAUUUGCGUCCUCUGUCGUUAAGGGCAAACCUUGCCCUAUUUAUAAUUCUCAUCUCGAUAUCUUAGUUAACAGUGAUAAUGCAUGUGUACAAUUUAUAAAUAAAUAUACAUACCUUGGAGUAUAUACAUAGCGCUCUCUCUAUAUAUAGAUAUAGAUACAGGAGCCUAGAAGAUUUUGCUUAUUUAUUUGUUAUUUUCUAGUUAAGGUGUACAAUCAAGACUUCAGAAACCAUUUCAUUCAAGAACUGAAAGAAGACAAUAUGGUAGAACUGGGGAGUAGAGGAGAGAAAUUAAUCUAGCAAGUUCAUCAGCCCUAUGGUAUCAAAGACUCCUCUGUUUCACUCAUUGCUAUUUCCCCCAGGCCUCAGAACAGCAUCUAUAUAAGGUUGAUCGCUGGAUAGACCAAUUUUAGAAACCCCAACUAUUUUACUUUCCUGCUUGGAAUGUUCUGCUGGCUCCUGAGUACCGUGUUCCUAGCCUGGCCUACAAGACCCUCGUGACAUAGCCCUUGCCCAGUCCCAACUGAGGCUACUCAUUGCAUUUAAUUUACAAACAGUGACCAGUGUCUGGGUGGUCAGAGACUUGGCCUUCCUCAGCCACAGCUACAUUCCAGCAUGAAGACAGUUGGAGAGACCGUAGGUCAGAGAAGGACCCUCCAAAGCCAGAGACAGGAAGAACAGAGUGCGGGGAGAGGGAGAACACAUGGACUCUGGAGCCAGAUACUCCUGCGUUUCUACUGCUUCUACCCUCCUUCACCGCUUCACAUCUGUGUGACUUUACUGAAUUUGCCGGCGCCUUCAUCUUGGAUUUCCCAGCCUCCAUAACGAUCCCGAUGUCAUUUGGAAAGGUCAAAUCAUUUGGGGAAGGUUAAGUGUAGCAUCCAAUGACAUUACUGCUGCUGGUGAUGCCACAGUGGAUGGAACAGGGGGAGCUAGUCAUCUUGUAAGAAGUCUGGCUAACCUGAGUCCACAAUAUUGUGAGGAAACACAGCCUAAGAGAGGCCAUGAGGAGAGAGCCAUUCAUCAGCCCAGUCACGCCUUCGGAAGGCUCCAGCCUUAGCUGGCAUCUGACCACAACGGCAUCUGAAACUCCAACGGAGAACGGACUAGGAGAAUUUUCAGAUACUAGAAUACUUCCAACGAUCAAGCAAUCACAGGUGUGUACCUCUAGUGCCGUCAGCUGUGAGUUUACCGUGAAAGUGCUGGACGAAUCCCUUUCAGAGCCCUUGGCGGCCUCUUACGAAACAACAUUAACAACGUUGGAACUUCACUUCCCAGCAAGCCCCGCGGCUUGCUACCGCGCGAGGCAUGACGGGCACCUCGCCUAUCUCUCCUCUCCGGUGGAGCUGCCGGGCAGAAGCGAGUUACGACGCAGCCGGACGUACGGGCGCGCAGCAUUCUGGGAAGUGUAGUCUGGCCCGGAUUCGGACACCCCUUCGGAUGAAUGGGGCCCCGGCUAACGGCUAACUACAGCUCCUCGCCGGCAGCGUUGGUGGCGGCCGCCGGGAAAAGGGAGACAGCGACGGCCCCGGGAGAGCAGCACUCCGAGACGGUGGUGAUGUUCAGUGCCGCGGCGAGGCGGCAGCCGGGUUUCCUGGGGUAGCAGUCUAGGCGGGCGCUUCCUCUGCGCGCUCGCUCUCCUUACCCUGCCCCGGCCAUGCGCCCGGCCUUCGCGGUGGGCCUGGUUUUCGCAGGCUGCUGCAGUAACGUGAUCUUCCUAGAGCUCCUGGUCCGGAAGCAUCCAGGAUGCGGGAACAUCGUGACAUUUGCACAAUUUUUAUUUAUCGCUGUGGAAGGCUUCCUCUUUGAAGCUGACUUGGGAAGGAAGCAUCCAGCUAUCCCAAUAAGGUACUACGCCAUAAUGGUGACCAUGUUCUUCACCGUCAGCGUGGUCAACAACUACGCCCUGAAUCUCAACAUCGCCAUGCCCCUGCACAUGAUAUUUAGAUCUGGUUCUCUAAUUGCCAACAUGAUUCUAGGAAUUAUCAUUUUGAAGAAAAGAUACAGUGUAUUCAAAUACACCUCCAUUGCCCUGGUGUCUGUGGGGAUAUUUAUUUGCACUUUCAUGUCAGCAAAGCAGGUGACUUCCCAGUCCAGCUCGAGUGAGAAUGAUGGAUUCCAGGCAUUUGCAUGGUGGUUUCUAGGUAUUGGGGCACUGACUUUCGCUCUUCUGAUGUCAGCAAGGAUGGGUAUUUUCCAAGAGACUCUGUACAAACAAUUUGGGAAACACUCCAAGGAGGCUUUGUUUUAUAAUCAUGCCCUUCCACUUCCUGGUUUCAUCUUCCUGGCUUCUGACAUUUAUGACCAUGCCGUUCUAUUCAAUAAUUCUGAAUUAUAUCAGGUUCCAGUCGUUGGUGUGAUAGUGCCCAUCAUGUGGUUCUACCUCCUCAUGAAUGUCAUCACCCAGUACGUGUGCAUCCGGGGCGUCUUCAUCCUGACCACAGAAUGCGCCUCCCUCACCGUCACCCUCGUCGUGACUCUGCGCAAGUUUGUACGUGCUCUGGAGGCCGUCAGACUUACCAGCCCAUCUUUUUGCACACAGACAGAGGCCUCUCCUUCUGCGCUGGGUUCAGGUUGUGUUCUUAUAUCGAGAUUUGGCUCUCAGGGUCUCUUGAGCUCACCCAGGGUGUGGUGUGUUUAUUCUACUAUCUGGAGCUAUUCUCUGAUGGGUCUGCAAUAAGUGUCCUAGAACCACCAGGUUGCUUUGGGGAAGUCCCUUAGGCUGCUCGGGUUUUUUGUUACAUAAAAUGUGGAUGCUGUUUCUCCACCUAAGUCACAGGGUUUUCAGAUCAAUUUGUGGUUGUGGACGUUGACAGCUGUUCAGUGCCAGUGAAGGUCUAUACUAAAAGAUGCGGAAUUAGGUGUGAACUUGCUCAUGGACUCAAAAGUUACUGUUAGAGUUCCUCAGACUGAUGGUGCUAUAAACACCAUGUGUUAAGUAUCCUCUUAAGAACAAGAACAACAAAAGCUACUUUUCUUGUUGUUUAACAGAAGAACCUGUCCCCAGGGGCUAUCUGACUGCUGCAUAUCUGGAGUCUUGACAGUAUAGAGCCUUACAUGAUGUAGUAUCACUUUUUUUAUGUUGAUGGGAAAUAUUACAAUUUUUAGUUACUGAAACAGUGUUGAUGUACAGAGACAGCAUUCAACUGGGUCCACGAGGUUUUAGAUUCUGGCUUUAGAGUGUGUGUGUUCCUCAGUCUGAACACCUCUGCCAGUCUUAUUAACAGGAGGAUAUGUAUGGACAGAUUAAGGCACUCAUACAGUGAAAUAAGCGCAUGUAAGAACAGAAUGUCUGAAAUGCCCUGGGAAUUGGUUUUUUUCUCUAGUAUUUGGUUAUUAGGAAAUACAUCUAACAGACACUAGUUAAUACUUCUUUAAACAAUUUAUUCCCCUUGGUUAACUUAUUUUUCAAUCCAAGUUGGAACUGAUUUCAAUCCCUGUUAAAAGAGCAAAUAAACCAUUUUAUAGAGGGUCAGACUCAUCCCUAAUUGGAGGAGAAAUGUCUAUUAAAUGCCUUUCAUCUUUCUCUGGGUCAAGACCAUGUAAUUUUGUGCCCCAGAGAUAGAGGGUUUAGUUUGUUUACUAGAGAGAUUGGUGUUUAAGGCAUCCAAGACUCUACCCUUAGAACAAAGAUCAAAUAGCAAACGACUAGCCAGAAUAGUGUGUGUGUGUGUGUGUGUGUGUGUGUGUGUGUACACCUGUGUACUCACUUCACAGCUUGACCAGAGUCGUGAGGUACCAGGAGAAUAUGGGGGACACUUGAAUUAUUUUAUUUAAUGUGUACAGAACCGUUACCACAGUUCUAUUGUCAUAUUAUAAAUGCUUUUUCAUUUUUUAUUAGGAAUUUAUUUUUGAUCUUUUCUUUUUCAUCCAACUAAAACCAUUAAUGCAUUUGACAAGUUUCUAUCUAGUUCUAAAGUAUUUAGACACAAUCCAAAUCGUUUUUUCCUUCUUCAUGCCCAGUUAUCCAAAAUGAAUACCGUACUUUGAUUAGGUCAUUGUGUCGAGUGAAGAAAAACCACGAAAGCUGAGCUGAUCUGUGCCACCCCUACAAACCCCUUCCAUUCUUCUGGGAAGGUCACCUGAUCAUUUUGAGGAUUCUAAUAUCUCGCAGUCAUUUCCUGAGCACGUUUCCUCCCUUCUGCAUGUUUUUUUCACUUCUGAUCCCCACUUCCAGUUUCUUCAGCAACCUCUGGUCACUCACGUAGUUUUCUACUAAUCUUGUAUCUGUUUAUGCCUCUAUUCUUUGGGGCCUCUGGGUGUUUCUCUGUGGAUUUUUACAGGGUAUACGUAUCUGUGUAGCAUGUAUCUUGUUAUGCAUUGAUACUAGGGGGGUGUGUCCAGAAGGAUGCGAAUAUCUGGCAGAGUAUGUGAAUGUAUGUGUAGAUGAAUAUGAAUGGGAUUUAAUGUAAUAAUGUAAUGUGAAAAUAUUUAUAUGUUCUGUUGUAGCUCAAAGUGGGGCUGAGAAUCCUUACCACGUUCCUCUAUAUUUGGAAAGCAGUAGUAUCUGUAUUUUGCUCAUUUUUACCCUGCCUCUAGCGGACUUCACUCUCAGUGCCAAAUGCCUGUGGUGAGAGGAGGUGGAAAGCAUUAGGUCAGGAGUAAUUGUAAACCAGUGAAUUAGCUCUGGGCUGGUGGACAUGCUCAUUGGUGGACGGCUGGCACAUGAGACUGUGCAACAAAGACCUGAGCAUCUCCACAGAUGCACAUUGAGAGGCACCCCAACGUAGAGAUCUGAAAUCAAGGUCCUACAAUUUGUUGUAGUUUGUUUCUCUUUGCCUAGGAGUAAAUAGAAUUAUGAGCAUUUUGGUCUCAAUAGCUUUAUUCUGAAAAAUGUGCAUGGAAUUUACCUGUGGCAGUUCAGUCUUGGGUUGAAAGAACUGUCAAUAUAGAUAAAAUCCAUUUUUAUUACAAUGCGUGACCUUUGAAAACGAGUAUAAACAGUGACAGUAAAAUAACUAGUCAUAAGCAUUGGAAUAUGUUCAGUGUGUACCAGGCUGGGGUGGGAGACUCUGUAGUGUGCUCUCUCUUUCUAGCAGCUUCCUCACAGUGGACCUUGCAGAGAAGGGAGGGACCAGGCUCUGACUUUUGUCCCAUGAAUAAAUAAACCCUUACCAAGAUCUCUUAUUCCCUCAAGUUUCGGAGAAACCUUCUAAUGGUUCCUGAUACCCAUUCCCACUCUUCAUCAGUUGAUUAGCAAGAAAACGAAUAAGACGAAACAUUCCUAAGAUUCUAAGCCAGAGAGGGAAGGAAGGAUGCACACCAGGAGUUGUGGGUAUUCGGCUUUUUGUCCUCCGGUUGCCUGGUGGGAGGAGGGCAGAGCAUUACAAAUUUAGCACCUUCCAUCUAUUUGACGCUCAGUGCCAGGAGCUGCCCUCAGGGCACCAUUAAAGAUGCUUAAAAGUUUUUGGAGUAGGCUGCCUGGGGUGACCCUUACAUCUCCAAAGCUGGUAUAGUUGGUUUGCAUCAGCUGAUGCCUAGAGCUCAUUGUCUUUUUGUCUCCUCAGUAUCAUACUGAGACAUUCCUCUGAGCUUUACCUACUUAAAUCACUAAGAUCCUGCAAAAUGUCCUCAAUUUCAAUCAAGUAAGGCAAGCUGUGCGGGUACCAGAGAUAGGUGAGGGGAAAAGCUUCGUCUACAUUUAGAAGAAAUAAGACCCAUAUUUUUUAAGGGAAAAGUUGUAAUAAUUCUUUGGCACAUUGGAUUAUUUAUAGUUUUUAAGAUGUAAAGACUCCCGUGAACCGAGAGAAGCAGUAGUUAUUCCCCAACGUGAUAAAAAUGUCUUUGUGUAUCACUUGCAAUCACAAAUCAUUUCUGUGUGAGUUGCUUUCAUUCCAGAGAAUGGCAUCAUCCUCCAAAGAAAAAGGGGAUGAUUUUUAAGUAGGAUUUCUUAACAGAUUAUGUGUUGUGGGGCUGGGGAGGGAUGAUGGGGAUUUGAUUUAUCCAGCCUCCGAGCUCUUCAUUCAUAUUGUGAUUUAAGAACAGAGAUGGGGGAGGAGGGGCUAGACAGCAGCAGAAUAUGUAGAACAGCUAAGACAUCAGUGCGUAUUCAGAUUUUGAGCUGUGUAAAUAUCAGAUGUCGGCUUCCAGCCUUACGAGUUAUUUGAGCUGAGAGUUAAGGAGGAAAGGGACAUUUUGUGAAUAAAAUGUUUUGCCAAACAAA